AUGGCAGAAAAGUCAGAAGAGGUUGGGGCUCACGGACUGCAGCGAAGGCCCUCGGUUCCUGGCGAAUGUGCUAUUUCACAUAUGUUCAACACGUUAGCGUCACUCGAUCACGCAGACGUUUUCGGCGAUGUGGCGUCGACGGCAUUGGACGAGCUGAUUCGGAAUUCGGCCGCCGCUGCGAUCAGCACUGCGCACAGCAAUCUGUCCGCAGCUUUGCAACCAAUGGCUGGUGGUCUCAACAAUUCCCAAUUCAAUCAGUCAAGUAGCCUUGCCAACUCACAAGAUGGACCAAGUCGAGGCCGAAAGAAAAACUCUACGGUCAACUUGAUUUGCGUCGUUUGCGGCGAUCAGGCCUUUGGCAAGCACUAUGGAGUGAAUGCGUGUAAUGGAUGCAAAGGAUUUUUUAGGAGAAGGUUUGUAUACUUGAUAAUUUUUUUGCUUCAAUUUUCAGAUUUCUUUGAAUUAUGUCACAACUGCCACGCUCUCCUGGCUUUGUCUUCCUUCGUACGGUAA